AUGGUACAAUCGGAACCUAAUGGACUGUUUGCCAUGGUGGAACUUAACUACCAAUGUGUAUUUACUUUUAAUCUUUUCUUUUACACCGGUGGUGUGAAAAACAUGCUCAAGGAUGUUGACUUUUCUUCUAUGACUUAUUCUAAGUGUGUGACCUUCUUCGAACGUUUCAUGCAUGAAGAUUGUAAAAAGUUGUACUACUGUGAACCAGAUGUUUGCCUUAUGGAAGGGCUUAAUCCUAUUUCAGAUGAUGUGGAAUAUGCUACUUUUAUUUUUGAUGCUUAUGAAACAAACUGUAUAAUUUAUGUUUAUGUGGAUCAUAUUGGGGUUGGUGUUGAUGGGUGGUUUAAUGAUGAAGAUAAUGAUGAUGAUGGACAUGAGUAUUGUAUUGAUGGUGAAAAUGAAGAUAACAUAGAUGAACUUAGGAAUGUUGAGUUGGAAUUUAAUGAGGAUGUAGUGCAUAUGAAUAGGACAUCAAAUGAUCAUUUCUUGAGUAAGUUAUGUGUUGAUGAGGAGGAUGAUAGCAACAUUGUAAAUGAUGAUGAUGGGAGAGUUGUAUAUGUAGAGCACAUACAGUGUGCUAGACAUAUUUUCCAAAAUUUAUCGAAGAGAUUCACAGGGGCCAUCUAUCAUACGGUGUUUUGGAUAACAUCAAAGGCUACAACUGAGAAUGCAUUUGAAGUUGUGGUGGAGGAAAUUAUGACACGGAACCCAAAUUCCCAUCAAUACCUCAUGGAAAAAGAUCCCAAGACUUGGUCAAGAGCUUUCUUUCAACCUGGCAGGUGUUGUGAUGUUGUUGAGAAUAGAUUUUUUGAGAGUUUUAAUGUUGUAAUAGUAGAUGCCAGGAAGAAGCCUAUUAUCACCAUGUUAGAAGAGUUGAGAAUACAUGAUGGAUAG